UUUUUCUUCCUUCUGCUUCCACUCUGCUACUCACCAAUUCUCUCCUUCUCUCAUCGCCGGCAGAGAAAGCCGCCGUCGGCCAUGUCGGCGCCACUUCAAGGACCACCACUCGGCUUCUGGGGUGUCCUCACAGAAGCCAAACGCAUCAUCAAUGCCCACCCUCGUCACUUCCUUGCUCUCUCCACCUUCCUCAUCCUCUCACUCUCUUUCUCUCUCAUCGGCUACCACGCCCUUCACCGCGGCCUACUCCGCUCUCUCGUCACCACCACCGACAUUCUCCUCUGGCAAUCCUUCCAAUCCAACAAUAUCAACACUAAUUUACUCUUCUUUUCUCUUGUUUACUCAUUCUUCGUUUUCCUCUUCUCACUCUGCGCUAUCGCAACCAUCACGUAUAGCGUCUUCCACGGCUUCUACGGUCAACCCAUCAAGUUCCUAAGCACUAUUAGGUCGAUACUCACUUCGUUCCUACCCUUAUUGGGAACCGUCGUCGUUUCACAAGUUAUAGUCUGCUUAAUCUCACUUGUAUUUGGGGGUUUCUCGUUUCUGGUUCUCCGUGGAGUUGAGCUCCUUGGUGUUGAAAUCGAGUACUCUUCCCCUUACUUCAUUGGCUUCUCUGCUGUUUUUCUGCUAGCUUUCUUGUUUGUGUUGGUGAAUUUGCAAGUUAACUGGACCUUACUGUCUGUGAUUGUGGUCGUGGAAUUCAAUUGGGGAUUGACGGCGUUGAAACGAAGUGUGGAUUUGAUCAAGGGAAUGAAAGAAGUAGCUCUUUCUUCGUUGUUGUUUCUUGUGAUUUUUACUGGGAUUUCAGUCUGGACCAAUUCUGUCUCAUCAAUAGGUUCCAAUAAUGAAGGGAAGAACUGGGGUUUAGUGGUUCAAAUUGUUGUAGCCUCCACUCUCCUCAUGCUGCUUCUGCUUCACAAAACUGCGUCCAAUGCUGUGUUAUAUGUGUACUGUAAGGUUAUUAAUGGUAAGCUUGCUCAGGAGAUUGCUGAGGAAUUCACUUAUAUCAGCUUGCCCUUUGAUGACGGGAAAGUUCCUCAUGUUGUGUCAAUAAUCCAUGAGUGACCAUGAGAAUGAGGUUAGUGGUCUUUUUAUAACACCUCUGACUUCAUAAUUACUAUACUUGAAUAUGAUUUGUAUACAGAAUGAAAGACAAUCACACCAAAGAACGAGAGGCUUAAGCUGAAAAGAGAAGAUAUGAGACUUGUGAAUUAGUGUAUAUUAUGAUUGUCAUCUGAAGGCAAUGUUAUACUUUCUGUCCCUUUUCUUUUGCUCCCCACUUUUAUCUUAAAUUUGAAGAGUUUGGAGGAUUUCCAAAAUUCAUAUUCUUGAAGGAAUAGAAGCCUCUGUUUUCAUUUUCAGACCCCAAUUAUUGUAAUUAUAAGGAUUCUUGCAUCCUUAUCACAAUAAUAUUCACACUCUAAAAGUUUUAGUACCUAUUGUAAUUA